AUGGCGAACAAUCCACUGAGUACGGAGAGUAUUCUCAAACACAUGGCAGAUGCCAUUCCUACACAUACCAAAGGCGACACAGGUUCCGACGUCAGCAGCUCACUAGAUGCCAUAUCACUCUUCACCCAUGCUUGCAUGACAGCAGUCGGAUUCCGUAUACUUGGAUUUGGGGAAGAACAAAAGAAUGAAGCAGAAUUGGCACAACGUGCUCCUCGUCUAUCAGAAAAAUGGAACGCCUCUGCUUCAUCACAUUCCUUCUUAUACGCCCACUCCCAGUCUUCCAUGGAAUAUGUUAUCAAAGUGGAUCGCUUAGGAGGUAAAGCAGAGAUUCGGGGAAUCGGACUUGGUGAUGAGAGAAUCAGCAGAUUCGAAAUCACAGCUCGGGACUACAUCUCCAAUUCAGCCCUCCCAUUACGCAUCACCCUGACAGCCGAUGGAGAAGAAGACAGAUCAGAUUUGGAGGGCAAGCUGAAAGAUUUAUUCAUUUCUCCUCAUAGAAUUCAGGACCUCGCCGCUGAAUUCAAGACAACCAUAAUCCAAAAGCUCAUCCCGAAUCUUCAUAAAGAAGGGUACGAAGAGUCAGCUGCUGCCAGAGAUGCCCACGACGAACGAGAAGAAGGUCAUGCUCGUAGACAACCUCGUCAAGAUCCUCUUCGUGACCCGGGUCUUCCCGAGCCAGCCCGUCCAUAUCCAUUCGACGACCCUCUUGCCGCACCUCGACGCCCUCCCGUCCCAGCAGGCGACUUCCCACCUCCAGGAUUUGACGAUGAGUAUGACAUGAACAGGCCACUUCGAGGCAUGGCACCGCAGUUUCCUGGACCGGGAGCUCCAUUUGGCAUUGGUCAUAAUGAUCUGAACCCUCCUGGACUAAGGCCGAAUGAUCCCCUUAGAGGAAGCUUUGUAGGCGGUGGACCAGGUGGCUUUGGAGGUGGUAUGCAUCCUACGUUUGAUGACCCCUUGUUUGGAGGACAAGGACAAGGUCGUGGUGGUAAUGGUAGAGCUCCGCCAGGCGCUAGAUACGAUCCCCUUGGACCAGGCGAUGGACCACAAAGAGGUGGUAGAGGAAGGCCUCCUAAUCCAUUUGGUGGGUUUGGAAACAACGAUUUCAUCUAA